ACAGCCAGCAGGAGCUCAGUAGUGUGUAGUCCGAAGACACUCGAGUCUAUUUAAUCGCAUCGCCCGAAACACCGCAUACCGGCUCGCCAUCGCUUAUUCUUUACCUCAUGCGUUGAAAUGGUGAUCUUAUCUAACAAGCUACAACCAAGCGGCUCGCUCUGUCUCCUCUGCGGCUGCUUAUUAUUACGCGGUCAAUGUUAUUAAGAGUGUUUGCGCUGGCGUUGGUCCCUGCAGCUCAUCUCUCUUCCAGUUGACCACUAGAGGUGGACGCUCCGUCAGGCUGUUUACAGUGGGAACACUGAGGACGCCUUAAAGAAAGCCUUUAUCUCCGUUACUGACCCACAGAAGGACACUGGCACGAUGUUUGAAACCAGAGGAAUCCCCUUUAUAUUGCUUGACAUCGCGUGCCUAAUACUCGCUGGCCUCCCGCUUGCAGCGUUUAACCUGGGUAAAAUCAAACCGUAUCAGCGGGGCUUUUUCUGUAAUGAUGAGAGCAUCAGCUAUCCCUUCCACACCAGCACAGUCACCUCCACUGUGCUCUACACAGUGGGCUUCACACUUCCCAUAUGUAGUGUAAGUAAUCCUAGAUAUCACAGGAAGGAUACUCUGGGCAUGUUGCUUUUCAUUAACUUCUUCGGCAAGGAUGUCCACCAAUCGACAAGAGGCCUAAGCUUAAGUAAACAGGAACACACAAAAGCCUGCCGGAUAGCCAGACCACCCUCCCUCUCUGACGCUUUCCGCGCUUCCCCUGCCCUGACCCCCUUCGUUCAGCACGCGUCUCCCCCGAGCAUGCCUUUAUCAUCCGGAAAAGGACUCUCAUUCUACUCGGGACACUCGUCAUUCUCCAUGUACUGUAUGCUGUUCCUGGCACUUUAUCUUCAAGCAAGAAUGCAAACUGAAUGGGCACGGCUCCUUCGCCCCAUGUUCCAGUUCUUCCUGAUCGCCGCCUCCAUCUAUACAGGACUGUCCCGUGUCUCAGACUAUAAACACCACUGGAGUGAUGUACUCACAGGACUAAUACAAGGAGCCAUCGUGGCUUUACUAGUGGUUUUCUGUGUGUCGAAUUUCUUCAAAAAGAACGUUGAACCACAGAGAGAGGCAGAGAUCCCACACACCACCUUAUAAGAGACGCCUACGAAUGGAAAUCAUUAUGAAAACCCAAACUAAACUAUCACGAGCCUCUGUCGAUGGGAAGGGGUUUCAGCGUGCACCCACUACGAGGGCAGACCACUGCGGUGGAAACCUGUGAAUGUAACCUUGCUUUCUGUGUUCUCCAGACGCCUCUUUCUGGGGCUCUCUCUAUGGAUGCUGUACCACGUUUCCUUGGCUGGACUGCUUCUGCUGCUACCACAGCUUCCUCUGUAUCUCCAAAAACUAAUAUAAGUGUACCUCUAUUAAGCCACAAAAGAAACACCUUUUUUUUAAUCUGUAUUUAAAAAAAAUAAAGAUUCGCUAUACAGACUUUUUUUUAUUAAAAUUGUUAAAACUAUGUAUAAAAUGUUGCGCUUUUAUGAUGGAAACAAAAACCCAUUAUGCUCGUUGACAAACAAAUAAAACAAUUAUGUUUCAUUUAAA